UGUUUUUGCGAAUUUCCGCAUAACAGCUGCUAAAUUGUUUGUUUUCAUUUGCCGCUAAAUGUAGCGUUCGAGAAUAAUAUAGAGAAAGACAGAGAUGGCAGAACUAUUUCUAUGAUUCUUCGAAGAUUAAUUGAGUCUUGUAAGUUUUAAUUUUGUACGAUUUUAUGUUAAACUAAUAUUAAAAAUAUGAGAACUGUUAAACGUGGUGCUUUUAUUGUUUUGGAAGGAUGUGAUCGAAGUGGAAAAUCGUCACAAAGCCGGUUGUUGUACGAAUUUCUAAGCAGUAACGGCUACCCAGCAAAGCACAUGCAUUUUCCUAGCCGCACUACGGAAAUUGGCAGCACAAUAAAUUCAUACUUGAAAAAUUCCAAAGAAUUGAAUGAUCAAGUAAUUCAUUUGCUGUUUUCCGCUAAUCGUUGGGAGUUUCUUAAAGAAAUGCAGGAUUUACUAAAUGCGGGCACUACUUUGGUUGUUGAUAGAUAUUCAUAUUCCGGUGUGGCAUACAGUGUUGCAAAAGGCAUGGAUUUCAAUUGGUGCAUGGCUCCAGAGCAAGGACUUUUACGACCAGAUGCUGUAUUCUACUUGAAAGCGCCAAUUGAGCAUCUAAUUCAACGUGGUGAUUUUGGCGGAGAAAGAUAUGAAAAGAGAGAAUUUCAGUCUAAAGUGGCUAGUGUAUUCGAUCGCCUUUGUGAGGAGCAAACAGAGUUGUGGCAUACAAUCGAUGCGAGUGAAUCGCAAGCAGUGGUAUUUGAAAAUAUUCGCUUAAAAGCUAUGGAAAUUAUAAGGCAGGCUAAACAUGAACCAUUGCGUUUACUAUGACUUACUGUGCUCCUAUUUAAAUGUUUUUAAUCUAAUUGAUAAGCACAAAGCGUUUUGUUUGUACUUAAUAUUAAUUUUGUAAAGCACUUCAAAAGUAUACUGACAUCACAUUUCAAAUAUAUUAAUAUGUAAAAUUGGAAAAAAGU